UGGAGGUCGUGUUUGUUCUGAUUUCUGGUCAAGCCAUGGAAUACGAGAAUUAAUUGUAACUGUCCGUACAAUGGUUAGUUGAGAUAGACGAAUACGACAGUCCGCGGAAAGUACAAUGUAUACAGACUUCGCAGUUGUUUAACUUUAACGACAAAAGGCAAGUAUUGCCAACUGAACGAUCGCGCCACCGAUAUCCGGUAUCCCCGACCUGAUAUCGCAUGAUAUUUGUCACACCACGUUUUUAUUUUACGUUGACGAUUUGACAAACCCGGAAGCAUAUUCACAAAUUUGUACACAAAUCUUAUGAACGAGGAAUAUUUUCAAUAAACCACCAGUCUGCGCUUUGUGUGUUAUGGUUUGAGACAAGUACGGUUACAAGCACGAUUACGUAACCGUACGGUAAAACAACAACAAUCACUUGUCCGUGCAAAUGAAUGGAGCAAACUUUCUUCGUGCACCGCUUCCAAGUUACUAUUAGUCGUUUUGAAAUUUCUACUUGUAGAAACUCAUUCGCGAUCAGAACAGUGGUUGUAAUUGCACGUAGUUGAAGUGAAACUAUCACAAUCAUGACAUCUCCGCCGCGGGAAGCUAAAAUUAUAGAAUGGGACGACAUGGACAAAAGGAAAUUUUAUGGAUUCGGAUUUUCGAUAAUGAUGGGAAUUCGUGCAGGUAUUUACCCUACAAUUCUUGUGAAGACACGUCUUCAAGUUCAAAAACAUGACACGUUUUAUAAAGGCACGUGGGACGCUUUUAAAAAAAUAAUUCGCUAUGAAGGUAUGCGUGGUCUGUACCGAGGUUUCAUGGUCAAUGCAUUUACAGUGUUUUCUGGUCAAUGUUACAUUACAACAUACGAGCUGACCCGAACAAAACUUGCACACUGUAGUAAUUUUACACGGUCGUUUGUGGCGGGCGGCGCAGCAUCUCUGAUUGCACAGAGCAUAACAGUGCCGUGCGAUGUGGUCUCGCAGCUUUUGAUGAUGCAGGGGCAGACGGGAGAUGGACGAGUGAUUGCUGGUGUGUCGCCAGUCAAGAAGACAUUUGGUGUGAUUCAAACUAUCUGGGUACAGGAAGGAGUCCCUGGGUUCUACCGAGGAUAUCUGGCAUCUCUACUGACGUUUAUUCCUAACAGUGCAUUAUGGUGGCCAUUUUAUCACUUUUAUUGGCAACAAUUGGUAUCGAUUGCUCCAUCUGGUGUGCCAUUUAUAGCACUACAAGCUGUGGCGGGCCCCGCUGCUGGCAUGACAUCCGCCACGCUUACCAACCCUAUGGAUAUAAUCAGAACCAGGUUACAGGUAUCGGGCGGCACUUCUAUUAUCGAGACCUUCAACGAACUGAUCAAAGAAGAUGGGAUGAAAGGCUUGACAAAAGGACUGACAGCGCGAUACGUGGCUACCGUGCCAACGAGUUUCAUGAUCUGCGUCAGCUACGAGUUUAUUAAGCGAAUUAGUCUGAAGUCACACCUUGCUGAGACAUUGCACUGGUGAUACCUCACCCCUGUCAGUGUAAUGGAAUGUCCCAGAAUAGUUUCUUCAUAUUUUAAAUCAUGUAUACAUCUAUCCGAAUAUCGAAAAGUUUAUACUGGUGUCAUCCCUAUUAGAAUAAUGGACUCUCAUCCCUCACAUAUUCAGGUCUCAUUCCUACAUAGAUAAUGGAAUGUUCCACUUUUUUUUUAGUCUCUUAGUGGACUGUGCAAUGGAUAACCAAGUGUCCCUCAAACUAUGCAAUAGACUAUUUGCAGGUCUGAGUACUUCAUCAAAUCUGUCAUUUUGUUCUUCCAGUACAUUAGUG